UUUAUGUCUUUGAUGUAAACAGACCCGAUCCCGAAACGAACGAAGACAUCGGCUUUUUUCAUCGUGUAAAAAAGGAAAAAUAUAGUAUUGUUGAUUAUUCAGGGUUUUUCUAGUGAUCAAGUAUACGGUGAAUUCUCAAUCACGAAAUGGAAAUCAAGUCUGAACCAAUUGAAUCUGCUCCGUCUAUAAAGUUAGAAACUCAAGAUAUUGAUUCCAGUAAAAGGGGUAGCUGGCAGAAAGGGAAGAAAAGGAAAAAAUCUUCCAGAGAUGCAACAGCUCCAAGACAUCCUCUCACAGGUUACGUCAGAUUUCUAAAUGACCGACGAGAAAAAGCAAGAGCAGAAAAUCCAAAUUUGUCAUUCUCAGAACUUCAGAAGUUGCUUGGUAAUGAAUGGAAUCAACUACCACAAAAUCAGAAACAGCAAUACUUAAUUGCAGCUGAGCAAGACAAGGAAAGGUAUUCCCAAGAAAUGGCAGCUUAUCGGCAAACAGAUGCAUACAGGGAUUUUGUUCAGAAUAAACUAAAGAAGAAAUCCAAACAGGAUCGAAAUGAAGAUGAAAAUGAUAAGGAAUUCGAGUACUCCGGUUAUGACAUAUCGAUUUUCACAGAGGAAUUUCUAGAGCACAAUAAAGUUCGAGAAACAGAGCUGAGGCAAUUGAGAAAAUCAGCAACUAACUAUGAGCAACAGAAUGCUAUUCUAUUGAAACAUCUUGAUAACAUGAAAACGGCUGUCGAAAAACUGCAAUCUGAAACAGCUCAGCAAGAAGCAGCAAAUACCUCAAUGCAGAAGCAUUUACAAGAUCUAAGACAAAAUUUGUCACAAAAGUUUGCGGCUCUUCCUUUGCCAGGUACCAAUGAAACUCCUACCCUACAAACAAUAGACAAUUAUAUGUCUCAGAUGUUGUCAACUCUGAUGGCCACACCACCAAACCAAGCUUUCAACAAAUCAGUGAAAGAUGUUGUGAAUAGUCUAAAUAUUUCAGUCAAAGACUUCAUGAGUGAUUUCAAUAACGUCGCAUGAUAAUUGGUAAACUCGUGUUUGUUAAACAAUGAAUUGAGUUCAAGUGCAAUGAAUCACUAAAAAUUUAAUGGUUUAAGAAUCCAAUCAAUGAAAAAAAAUGAGGACUCAAUCAAGUCCAAGAUUGAUGCAAAGAAAUAAAAAAAGGAGAAUAUAGGAAGAUGAAUUUUUUGUACAUAACUUUUUUUUUUAUCAUGAUCACCAAUUUUUUAUUUAUUGAUAGUGUUGAAUGAGAAUCAGUUUUAAUAUCCAUAAUUGAUGUUCAGCAACAAGACAGGGAAUGAAGAAGAAUUCAAGUUUAUUUUUCGUUUGUGUAGCUAAAUUUUUUCUUGUACUAUUAGUAUUUUUAAUUUAAUUUCCUGUAAAAUGUAAGUGUGUGUUCUUUUGUUUUUGAAAAUAUUUUGUUGAUAAAUUUAAUAUAAAGUGAAAAGCAGUUUUA